AUGAUGGAGGGCGUCCUGAGGUCUGAUUCACUAGUUUAUAAGGAGAGAGCUUUCGAUCUUUUACAAGAAAUGAGUAUUUGGAUUUUCUUACGCAAAAGCAUUGAGGAAUAUUACGUUAAAAAUCGGUGCAUUAUAUGGAAGCCUAUCACCAUAUCACAUUUCAUAUUAGCACAAUCAGGGAACAAAAUCAUCAACAUGGAACCAUCCACUGUCAAAAUGGUUUACAUUGUGUAUUUGGGGUCACACAUGCAUGGUAAACAGCCAACAUCUAUGGAUGUUGACAAUGCCAAGAAUUCUCAUUUUGAGUUGCUGGGCCUCUCCUUGAAAAGUAACACAAAGAAAGCCAAAGAUGCCAUUUUCUACCACUAUACCAGAAACAUAAAUGGCUUUGCUGCUAUGCUUCACGAGGAAGAAGCAAUAGAGAUUCAGAAACAUCCAGACGUUAUCUCGGUUUUCCAGAGCAACGAAAGAAAAUUGCAAACGACCCGGUCAUGGGGUUUCCUUGGACUAGAGACGAAAAGUGGAGAAGUUCCAAGGAGCUCAGUUUGGAACAAGUCAAGGUUUGGCGAAGAUGUCAUCAUCGCAAAUCUUGAUAGUGGUGUUUGGCCACAGCGAGCGAGCUUCCGUGAUGAAGGAUAUGGACCAGUGCCGCUGAGAUGGAAAGGUCGCUGUGAGGAGGACAAGACAGAUAAUCCAAUCCAAUGCAAUAAGUACUCUCAUAUUCAUUUGCUGCAAAUAUAUCCAAACCUACAAUUGGAAAAAGUGCGAGCUCCUAUAAUGGCUGAUUUCUCAUCUAGGGGACCCAACAUGGUUCAGCCAGCCAUUCUCAAGCCGGAUAUCACUGCACCAGGAGUCGACAUACUUGCUGCUUAUUCUGCAUAUCCAAGAGCUAUAUCUGGUGGAGAAGUUUUCAGGAUAAGAAAUGGAACUUCAGUAUCAUGCUCUCAUGUCACUGGCAUAGUGGGCCUUAUUAGAGCACUCUAUCCAGAUUGGAGUCCAGCUGCUAUCAAAUCUGCUAUCAUGACAUCUGCAACAAAAAAAGACAACACCAAUGCGUUUAUACAGAAUGAAUCACAGAGAAAUGCAACUCCGUUUGACUACGGGGCAGGACAUGUUCAUCCAAGCCGUGCUGCUGAUCCAGGUCUUGUUUAUGACUUGACUGCUAAUGACUACCUAAACUUUCUAUGUGCACAUGGCUACAAUCAAAGCAUUAUCAGGAGAUUUUCUGAUAGGCCUUUCACGUGUCCCACGUUCUUUAGUGUUGCAAACUUGAAUUAUCCAUCACUAACAAUUCCAGAUUUGCAAGGUCGAAUUACCGUAUCAAGAACGGUGAAGAAUGUUGGUACUCCAGGAAAAUAUAGUGUGAUUAUUAAAGAGCCAACAGGAGUGUCAGUUUAUGUUAAUCCAAGGACACUUCAUUUCAAGGAAACAGGAGAAGAAAAGACAUUCAAUGUUACUCUGGAGGUCAAGGCUGAUAAUAAUUCUUCAGACUAUGCGUUCGGAUACUUCACGUGGCUUGAUGGCAAACAUUACGUGAGAAGUAUUAUUGUAGUGAAGCUGAAGCUACACUGUCCACCCAUUCCACACGAGCAUUUCUACAAACACCUGGUUGGCUCUCCGCUAAAGGCUGAAACCACACAGCAACGCCGAACCAAAAACCAGAAUCCACGACAGUGGACAGGCACGCCAAAACAGAAAGAAAUUGAGAAUUUACGUUUGUUAAGUACUGUUUGUUCUGGUAGGAAGGAUAAGCUUGAUCUUGCUCUUCAAACCAAUCCGAUUGUGGAGGAAUAUGUGAAGGACCUGCCUUAUCUCUCCAAACAAUUGUUUGUUAUUAAAAACAACAAGUCACGCAUGCUUCUGGAGUCUGGAAUUUCCUUGGAUGACAGGCUGUAUACGAAUGACAACUGGUUUUGA